AUGAAAUCAUUUAUAGUAUUAAAAUUAUUAUUUUUGAUUUCAUUAUUUAUAUAUAGUAUAAAUUGUGAAAUUGAAAGUAAAAUUAAUUAUUUAAAAUCAAUAGUAUUUAUAACAAUAUUACCAAAUUCAAAUGAUUUAAUAAAUAUUGAUUUAUUAUGUUUGGUUAAUUUAGAAUGUACAUAUAAUGGAGCGAUUCAAGGAUUUGGAUCAAAUCGUAUUAUAAAGAAUUUGGAUGGUAGUAAUAGUUGUAAUUCAACAUUUGAUUUCACAGGAUAUACCGAUUUUCAAAAACAAGAAUGUAAAGGAACACUAUUGUAUAAAAUAACCAACAGAGUUCUUGAUGAAAAGAUAUCGAUACCAAUUUCAUUUCCUGUUGAAAUCGAUGAUUCACAUUUAUAUACUAAUGGAACUUCUUCAUUGAAGAUUCGAUAUUAUGAUGGCUCAAACGCCAAUAGCACCCCAAUGACAAUUACAGAUAUCACAGGUAAACCUAAAGAAAUUAGAAAUUUAAAAUAUGAAAAUAGUUUAAUCUAUAAUCAACCAGGUUUAUUAACUUGGACAAUGGAUCCUGGCUUUGGGUAUGUUUUAAUCAGUUUUGGUGGUGAUCAUCAAAAUUCACAGCAAACACCAUACAAAGCAACUUACCCAAAACCAAUAAUAAAUUCUGCAAGAGUGUUAUCAAUGGAUAUUGAGAAAGGUGCUACUAAAAUUGAGUUUAUUGGCAUAAAUUUUGGCACAAAUAGAAAACUAUUAACAUUCAUGCCAAGUUGUUACCCAUUUCCAUAUAAAAUCUCAAUUGACUAUGUCAAUAGCACAAAUUUGAUUAUAACUGAUUUUAAUAGACUUGUUGGACUUUGUCCUACAAGAGAUUUUAAGUAUACAUUAUGUUUAGAUAAUUAUUGUGGUCAAGGUCAAUUGAAGGAAGGUUAUCCACCAAUCACUAUAAAUUCAAUUGAGGGCCCAACAUCUAAUCGUACUUAUAAAUUCAAUGGUUACUUUUUAGAUAGUACAACCUAUUCACAACUAACACCAAUUUCACAAUAUGGUCAAAAAUUGUCAAGCUCAAUCAACCAUAUUGAAUUUCAAAUGAAUUCACCAUUAUAUUAUCAAUAUACAAGUGGUGGUAGAGCAUUUAAAUUUUGGGAUAAAAAUUCAAAUGGUGCAACAACACCACCAACUAGUAUUUCAAUACCAAUUGGACAACCUCCUUCUUCAACAAUAUUCGAUUGUGGUCCACCAACAUUACUAUCAACAACAUCAAUUGAACAACAAGGUAAAUUAAAAGUUAUUGGUAAAUAUUUUAUGAAUAAUGAUAUGUCAGUUUAUUUAGAUGGUAUUAAAUUAAAUCAAUCGGUUAUAACUAUAGUUAAUAGUACAAUACUUUACAUUUCACCAAUACCAAGACCUGGUAUAUUAACAGUAUCAAUUGAUGGUAGUAACGAUAACUCUUCAAUACCGAUUAGAAUAAAUGUAUCAAUUAAAGAAAUUAGUUCACCAACUACUAAAGGUGGUUUAAUUACAAUUAAAGGUAAUGGGUUAUAUUUAUCAAGUGAAAAUGGUAAACCAUUGAAAUCAAAGUUUUCAAUUGAAAAUUUUAAUAAUAAUAAUCAAUUAAAUUGUCAUGAUCCAAUUGAGGAUUCAUCAUAUCCUGGUGAAAUUAUUUAUUGUAAAGUCUCACCAGGUAUUGGUAAAAAGUUAUGGUUUAAACUUGAAAUUGGUGAUUCCAAACCUGCCAUUUUCACAAAUUUCACUUAUCAAGCCCCAACCAUUUCAAAAAUUUAUCAAUCUUUUGAUAAUGCAAUUGUUAAUGGUAAUAAUUUGGGUGAAUUAAAUUCAAAAGUUUUCAUUUAUAUUAACAAUGAAAUCAAUGGUAAAAUCAUUGUUACACCACUACCAGUAUUAACAAAUUCAAGUGAAUUAAUUCAAUUUCAAAUACCGGAUUCUAUAAAAACUUCAAUGAUUUUCAUUGAAGUUGGUGGUCAAAAAUCAAACCAACUUCAAUUACCAAUUAUACCAUUCAUAACUUCAAUACCUUCAAAAUUAUCAGUUAAUGGUGGUGUUGUUACAAUAAUUGGUAAAUAUUUAAAUUUAUUAAAUUAUAAUUUUGUAAAUGAAAAUGAAAUUAUCAACAACAACAACAAUGGCAAUCAUUUAAAUAUUAAAAUUGGGUCACAAAUUUGUAAAGAUAUUCAACAAUUAGAUUUAAAACAUUUUACAUCAAUAACUUGUAAAAUGCCACCUGGAUCAGGUGGUGAUUAUUCAGUUUCAAUUUUAAUUAAUGAUAUUUUGGUUCAAGGUAACCCAAAGGGUUUAACCUUCUCUUAUAUGUCACCAACAAUUAUAAAUUCAACAUCAGUUUCACCAACAACUGGUGGUUUAAUUACAAUUUUCGGAUCACAAUUGGCAAAACCAAUAAAUAUUACAAUUGCAAAUCUUCAACAAUGUAUCUAUGUUAAUAUCACUGAUUCAAACUCAUUAACUUGUUAUUUACCACCAUUAUCUGAAUCAUUAAAUAAAUCUUCAAUAGAAAGAUCUGAUCAUCAAAUUCAAAUUAAUGUUAAUGGUCAGUCUGGUGAUGCUGAUGUAUUUAAAUAUUCAAUUCCCGAUAAAUAUCAAUUUAGAAGUGAUAAUAAUAAUAGUGGUGGUGGUGGUACUUCCGAUCAAAACAAUAAUUCUCAUGUUGAAAAAUGGUUAAUACCUGCAAUUUUAAUACCUUGUCUUUUCUUUUUAAUUGCUAUACUUGUUUUAGUUAUAAUUUAUAUUAAAAAAUAUAAAAAAAGAAAACAAAUUCAAAAAAGAUUAAAUGAACCAAUACCACCUGAAUCAAUACAAGAUUAA